AUUGCUAUACGCGGACGAACCGGAGCGGCCUUUCCGCCGUCCGGCCGCUGCCCGCCAUAUACGGUGCACGGCCCCAAAGGACCUAUGUGUAACACAAGUGACAUGUGCGGGACCAACAUCGUCGCUUCUGGCACGGAUUCUGGCUUAGAGGCGUUCAGCCAUUAUCCAGCAGGUGGUAGCUUCGCCCCAUUGCCCGAUCGGACAGAGGCAAAUACCAAUUACCUGAAU